CGUACUACUGCGACGUGAGAACUACUUGAACAGAAAUAAUAGUAAAAGAGCUUAAAACAGCAGCCAAGACUAAAUUUAACAUCAUUUUAUCAUUCACUCUAGAGCUAUACGAAUAUCAUUAAGAAGACCGUAUAUCAAGGCCUGUUUAUUGGCCAGUGCUUGUUAGGUACUGACGUGGUAAUAGCUAGUCGGGAUGCGAAGCUGAAAAUGGACGAACGUCGGCCUAACCCGCCCGGCCGCUCUCUGUGGUCUGGCAGCCUCACUUCAAAUUUUCAACGUAGAGGUUCACGAAAACAACCGUCGUACUAAAUUCGAAUCGUUUUAUAUUGUCUUGUUUGUAUGCAGACAUAUCUAGUCCACGUCUCUCGGCCCUCUCCAUAAAAAGUACUAAGAAAAAGGAUGUGGCUUAUCAACACCAAGACCCUAAAACUUGAAUAUUUUAUGAACCCAGAAAGCGUCUCUUACGCUAUAUUAUCACACACCUGGGACGUUGGUGAAGUAUCCUUCCAAGGGUUUUCACAUCCUAUAUUGGCCCGACGCGAAAAGGGGUAUACGAAAAUUAAAAAGACUUGCCAAUUGGCUAGGGACAAACAUGGAUUGGAAUACGCGUGGGUAGAUACUUGUUGUAUCGACAAGACCAGCAGUGCUGAGUUGUCGGAAGCCAUAAACUCGAUGUACAGGUGGUACCAAGGGGCUGCUGUGUGCUUUGUUUAUCUUUCCGAUAUGUCCCUCAGACUUGUACAGCCCAAGAGUGGGACCAGUAUGAAUGGCGUUGAGGAAGUGCUGAGAGGGUGCAAGUGGUUCACAAGGGGUUGGACGUUACAAGAGUUGCUCGCGCCUAGGGAUAUCGAAUUCUACAACAGAGAUUGGUUUUUCAUCGAUACAAAGAUAUCGUGGCUCCUAGACCCACUCUCUAGGAUUACUGGAAUCGAGCCUAUGUUUCUGGGUUCCGCUGCCAUGGUACGGACGGCAUCGGUCGGGACCCGUAUGUGGUGGGCUUCGAAGAGGCAGACUACACGACCGGAAGAUACCGCCUAUUGUCUGCUUGGAAUUUUUGACAUCAAUAUGCCAAUGUUGUAUGGCGAGGGCAGUGGGGCGUUCCUUCGGCUCCAGGAAGAAAUAUGCAAGCAAACUAACGACUUAUCUCUAUUCGCAUGGACAGCACAGCCUGGCCACAUGAAUUCCUCGUCUGAAAAGUAUCGAGGUAUUUUCGCCAUGCACCCAUGUGAGUUCGCUGGAUUUCGGAGGUUAGAAUAUCAAAGUAGCGGUCGCUUUCGGGGCGAGCUGGCUAUUACGAAUAAGGGUCUUCGACUCGAUGAUAUUCAGCUGCAUAAAACACCCAAGCGCCGUCUAUUCUUGCCGCUUGAUUGCUACAUUCGGGGCUCGCGACAAGUCUCGUACGGUAUCUUACUCGCGCUAACUUUAGAUGGUUAUAUACGAAGAGAGCCCAAAGUACUCGCCAAAUUACCAGUCGAACAUACUUCGGAUAUACCAACACAUAGAAUUUACAUUCAGAAACGGCUACCUCCGCAAUGGCUAGGGAGAAAACGAUUAUGGAGUCAAUAUAAUAACGCAAUCUGGUUUAGAUUUCAUCAGCCUUCAAAGAUUACAAUCAUGCACGUGGUACCACAAGAGUCGUUUGACUAUACCAACAUGGCAUUUCUAACCGGCGGUAAGAAAUUCUUCGGAUACCUGCGUGUACGAGUAAGCGACAUUGAGCUUGUAAUCAUAUGCUGGUUUGGAUCACUAGAUAGAGAGGGUAUAUCUAUUCUUACACCGUCUUAUACUUACGCACUUGAAGGAGAUGGUGGAUGGGACAUAUUCAAAAUAAGGCGCCUCGAGGCCGAAAUUACCAACCACGCAGUCCAGGAUGAGACAAUUCCGUCGUUAUUACCGACACCUAAAUUAAACUCUUCCCAUCGUCGGGCUAUUGUCCAUUCCUCGGGCAUGUAUAUGCUCAUAGAAAGUCUCGAGACGCUCGGCCGAUAUAACAUACUUGUCGCGUUUGGAGAAGAACUUAUUGACCGGAUGACAAGUCGAACCAGGAGCGAAGAGAAAGGGCUAAACAGACUCAUAUAUGACAACAUAGACGGAAGUACAGAUGAAUACACCGAGUACACCGAUGAUUCUGCUGACGAAUCCGCAAAUGAGUCCACAGAUAAGCCUAGAAGGGAGCCUAAAAAUGAACCUACGGACCCAAAAAGCAACGACGGAAAUUUCGCAUCCAACGGUGUGUCCUUCCAUUUGCCUUUCAUUUCUACGACAGACCCAUCAACAGGUAGACGUAGCGCCUUUUCCGCCUGAGGAUGGGUCACACCGCCAAUUUUUUUUCUGCAAUUUUAUUCUCCGAAAGGGUCAGCAGCCGGGUGAGGGAUCCGAUUAUACAAAGUGAUAG